AUGCCAGACCCAACAAUCCAAUCCCUCAAAGCCUACACAACGAAGGCAGCGGGUAAAGAGCUAGUGCUUAACCCCGGUGAUUACAUAGCUGCGGAUUUGAAUGGCGUGGUUUGUUCGCCGAAAAAGUCGGCGCAGAAAGUGCAGCCGCUUAUGGAGAGGCAGGUUGCUGCUGAUGAGAAGUUCUCGGCGGAUAUUAAGGAGUGA